AUGCACCGCGAAGACAACAGCCUGCCUGCCAAGACUGGGGCCAACAGCAGCAACCAGAGGGAGAGCAACAGGCAGUCAGGGCCCAGCCCGCCCACAGGAGGGCGGGUGACCCAGCCUGUGACGACGUGGGGCGAAUGUGCCACCACCGCCAUCUCCACCCAAGGGGCGCGGGCAUGCUCAGAUCGCCCACACCUGCCUGCUUGCUUCGCCCUGCUGCCCCUACCCCUCAAUGCUGCUGCAUCCCUACGCAUGGGCCCCUGGGAGACUGUGCACCCCCAAAAGCAGGCUGCACACCUCCCUGUUGUGCUCCUCAAAGUGUCCGUCACUGGAUGGGUACUUAUGGGUACACAGUGGGGUUCAAUUUGCAAACCCCGUCACUAUGUACAGAAUGGUCUUCCGGGGCGCCUAAUUGUACUGAGUGCCUAA